ACUCGUGGCGAUUCGCGCGUGCUGCGCUGCUGCGUGCUGCAUGCUGCUCAGCUGUGAGGUUAGGUUUAAAAGAGAGGGCACGCGUCUUUCUGGGAUAAAGAGAUUCGCGAUCGCAGCAGCGAUCAGCGAUUUCUAACGUGUGUCGUGUACUUGUCCAAGUAAGAUGGCGAGCACGGGGUAUUCUGCUUUCUCUCAGGACGGUCAGUAUUACGCGGUUUGCGGUAAUGACGGCAAGUUGAAGAUCUGGGAGACCGCGAGUGGCCGGUUGAAGCACGAGUAUACUCCUAAUCGACAUUUAUCGUCACCCUGCAGCGUCAUAGGAUGGAUCUCCGCGAGUCCGCAAUCGGCGGGCAACGUAUCGCCAUCGCCGAGAAAGAGACGCAGAAGAAAAUCAAUUUCGGAAGAAAGCGACCGCAAAGCUGUCGUGGCGAUGGGUUCGACGAAUGGAAAAAUCACCUUGUACGACGUAGCAGCCGCCGCUGUCAGCGCUACGUUGGAGAACGGUCAUUCCUCCACCGUUACAGCGAUCGUUUGGUCAGCGUGUACUGGAUUGAUUACAGCGGCUGACGAUUAUCAUUUAGUGGAAUGGAAUCUGCAGGAGAAUGGAAUCAAAUGUAAAUGGAAAUCUGGCAAGGCAAAAGUCACAGCCUUGGCGAUUCUAUCUAAUGGAAAGUCCUUGCUAUCCGCCGAAAGAAUAAUCAAGUGGUGGAAUUUAGCGACCAAGCACGUAAUCCGCACGUUUACCGGACAUGCCGGUCACGUCACUUUUCUUCAUACGGUACAAGUAGACGGCACAACCAGUUAUCUAAUCAGCGGUGCUCGUGCGGACAGUCAUCUUUCUGUAUGGGCAUUAGACAAAAAUAAAAAUGAUAAAGCAUCGAUAGCAACCCUAGCCAUGCAAGACGAGGCCACGUCCAUCUCGAUUCUUGUUGCGGAAGAAUUGCAAGUCGUCAUAUUGGUUACUACUCAAUCGGGUCAAGCACACGUGUUCAAGUAUCAGCCAAAUGGUCAUACUAAACCAUUGAAACCGUCUCUUAACAUAGUGGUAGCGGCAGAUGUCAAUCAGAAGGAAACUGUUCAACAGAUUCCAAUUUUAGCAGGUCACUUGACUGAAGAUGAAAAAUUAUUACUAGCAUACGGUAAUUAUCUCAACUUGACAUUCGAGAAAGUUAAGCCCGACUUUUCGGACAAGAUGCAAUGUUUAAUCAGAUCGGAAAAAUUGGAUACAAAAAAAUCCAAAGAAAGGAAAGAAGAGACGAUUUCUAAAGUAAAACCUACCGCGAUAGAAGAUGAUGUUGAAUACCUUGCACCAGGAAUAGGAAUUCCAACACAGAAAAGAAGUAGGACUACCUCAGGGUCUCAAUUACUCUUAAAAGAUAGAUUGGAAAAUCUUAGUUUAAAUGCAGACGCAAAUACACCAGGAAGGAUACCGACGAAAGGAGCGAAUAUGACGCAAUUAUUGAUGCAAGCGUUAAAUAGCAAAGAUAAAACCAUUUUGACAACAGUGCUGUUUACAAAAAAUGAAACUGUAAUUCGUAAUACCAUUGCAAAAUUACCAGUGCAAGCAAUUACGCCAUUGCUUAAAGAAUUAACCCUUAUGUUGCAAGGCAAAACAUAUGUGAGUAAAAUUGCAGUAAUGUGGUUGCAAACUUUGAUAAUGACUCAUGCAGCGCACUUGAUGUCGCGACCAGAUAUCGCGGAGAUGCUCAGCCCUAUUUUAAGUUUUAUCGACGCAAAAUUAACGCUUCUAACGGCUAUACAAAGAUUAAAAGGCAGAGUUUCUCUUAUAACAGGGCAAAUAUCUCAGGCUAAUGAGGAACACACGAAAGAUAUAACUGAGGAGAGCUUGCUCGUUUAUCAAGAUCCAGAUUCAUCGGAUGAAGGUGCCGAGAAAGACGAUAUUGACCUGAGCAGUGAAUCAGAUGACGAUUGGGAAGAGAUGUCGGAUCAAGAUGUUCAAGAUGAGCAAGACGAAGAAGAUAACAGAAGUGUCAAAUUUGAGGAUGAUGACGAUGAUGAUGUGGACGAUAAUGAUUCUAUGCACAGCUGAAAUCAAUCAAGUGAUAACAGAAAUGAAGUAACGGAAUAUAUUGUAAUUUUUAAAUGUAAUUUUUUAAACGUACGUUUGGUAUUAUCAACAUUGGUAUACUCCGUUCAAAUUGUUUAUUUGCAAACUAUAAUAUUAAACGUCAUAAAAGAGAAUAAAGCGUCGUUUUUUAUA